AUGCGCGGCGGGGCCGGGCUGCCGCCGGGCGCGCCGUGCCAGGCCGAGAAGCCGUGCGCCGAGGGCGAGGCGGCGCAGCGCUGGCGCCGCUCGCUGGCCUCGCUGCUCUUCCUCACCGUGCUGCUGGCCGACCAGCUGUGGCUGUGCGCCGCCGCCGAGCUGCGCGCCCACGAGCGGGGGCCCCCCCCCGGCGACGACGAGGCCCCCCCCUGCGCGCCCCCCGCCCCCGCCGGCCUGCGCGGCGCCUGCAGCCCGCGCGCCCCCUGGCCGCCCGCGCCCCCGCCGCGCGCGCCCCCGCCGCCCGCCGCCCGCCUGUGGCAGCGCCACCUGGCCCGCUUCCGCCUGCCCUUCUGCGACCGCUACACCCUGCGGGACCUGCUGCUGGGCAUGGCCGGCCCCGAGAGCCUCGACUGCCGCCUCGACGCCCUGCUGGCCGACCUCCGCGGCGAGGCCUGCCCCGCCUGCCUCGAGGCCUACGCGCGCCUCGACCAACACGCUCAGGAAAAGUACCAGGACUUCCUCCUCCUGCUCGACAAGUUCCUGCCCGCCGACGACUACUCCGUCCGCUCCUGCCUGCGGGACUGCAAGGCUGUCUACAAGGCUUGGCUGUGCUCUGAAUAUUUCAAUGUGACACAGCUACAGUGCCAACGCCGGAUACCAUGCAAGCAAUACUGCCUGGAGGUACAGACAAGAUGCCCCUUUGUGUUGCCUGACAAUGAUGAACUGAUCUACGGAGGGCUGCCUGGCUUCAUCUGUACAGGGUUGCUAGAAAACCAAUUUCCCAACGCAGAAGCAAAGUGCUGUGAUGUGCAGUGGGACUCCUGUGACCGCCAGCCAGACAGCAACGACAACGCCUCCACCAAAUCCACAGAAUCAGAGUCAUUCCAUAAGCAACGCCAUGACACUCCCCUUCACCAGCAACAGCAUCACUAUCAUCUCUAUUACCAUCACCACCACCAGUACCACCAGCCCCACCCGUCACUGCUGCCAGUCUCUGCAGGGUCUCGCCUCAGCAACAGCAAAAUUCGGCUGUGUGUCCUCGUCCUUAUGCUCCUCCACACCAUGGUGUCCUUCUCAACGGUGCACAGCAGUGGGGCCAUCACCAGUGGGGGGCUGAGCUUGGAGGCCCUUCCCACUAUGGAUGAGAGCCUGGCCAGAGACGAGUGAACCAGAAGGGAAAGUAAACCUCCAGGCAGAAUGCCUGCUCUUUCCCAUCCAGGGGGGCACAUGCUAUUCCUCCAAUUGGAGGCACAGGACUGGGGGUGAUGCACACAUACCCAC